UUUGGUUCCCGACAGGCGGCAGCCAAUUCCAGAUAUAAAGACUAUGGCGAUUCCCUUUUCCGACCUCGACUCGUCUCGGCUCGGCUCCGACGGAAGAAGAGGAGUGGCGAAACGAGCGAUUAGGGUUUUGGCGAGCUCACGAAGACGAUGAUGUUCGGCGGCGGCGGCGGCGGCGGUAGCGGGGACGGGGAGUCGCUCAGCGAGCGGAUGGCGAUGCUGGCUGGAAUCCCGAUCCAGAUAACCCCUGCGUCGGCGGCGGAGCUGGUGUUCGCGGGCGGCAGAGGGGGAUCGUCGCUGCCGCAGAGGGGGAAGGAGGAGCGGUUGCCGCAAUGGGGACAGCAGGAGACGAGGGAUCUCAUCGCGAUCAGAGCCGACCUGGAGCGCGACCCCUCGUUGGCGAAGCGGAACAGGACGCUGUGGGAGGCGGUGGCGGCCCGGAUGAGGGAGCGCGGCUAUCGCCGGACGCCGGACCAGUGCAAGUGCAAGUGGAAGAACCUCGUCAAUCGGUACAAGGGCAAAGAGACAGCUGAUCCUGAGACUGGAAGGCAAUGCCCUUUCUUCGACGAGCUGAGCGCUGUGUUCAUGGAACGCGAAAAGAACAUGCAGCGCCUUCUCCUGGAAUCGGAAUCAGGUUCUUCCCAAUCGAAGAAGAAGCUCAAGCGGCCCAGCAGCAUCCGAUCUUCCGAAGAAUCCGGUUCCGAAGACGAGGACGACAACCACAGCGACGACGAGCGGAUGCCCAAGAGCAGGAAGAAGAAGGCCGAUCCCCAACAGCAGCAGCAGCGGCGAGGGAAAGCUGUGACCGGCAGCGUCCAGGAGCUGCUUCAGGAGUUCUUGCAGCAGCAGCAGCAGAUGGAGGCGCAGUGGUACGAGAUGAUGGAGCGGAGAGCGCAGGAGCGGCGGGUGUUCGAGCUCGAGUGGCGGCAGUCGAUGGAGAAGCUGGAGAGGGAAAGGCUCAUGCUGGAGCAGGCGUGGAGGGAGAGGGAGGAGCAGAGGAGGAUGAGGGAGGAGACCCGGGCAGAGAAGAGGGAUGCGCUGCUGACUACUCUGCUGAACAAGUUCAUUCAAGAAGAUCUCUAGCUGUUGGAAUUUUGUUUCUCUUCUCUUUCCAUGCAUAUGAAUUUUGAAUUCCAUCAGCAUCAGCAAUCAGGAGGAGGAGGAGCCCUAGGAGGAUUGCAGAUAAAGAGUUUGUUCUUUGUGAUGAUGUCUAUAGAAGGUCCUGAAAAUAUGCUUCUGUUUGAGUGGUCUAAUCUUUAUAGGUGACAAUAAGGAAUAUUUCAGGUUAGGGAUUUUACCUUGUUACAGUCUGUAUGUUUGUUGUAGAUGAUGAUCAUGGCAAAGAUUCAAGCAAGAAAA